CUGUCACAAGAAGAAGAAAAAGAAGAAGAAGCUGUCACUACUCUACAUAUAUUUUGCUUCCAAAGAUGUCGAACAGCUCAUGUGUGAACAUGCUACAUGUUACACAUCUCUAAACCAUGUUUGGACAUUACUAGACACAGGAAGUAGCAAUUGAAGCUCACAUGUGGAAAAGCCCAAAACCCCGCCACUAAACCCAGGCCCGUGCGUGAAUCUCAGCGUUAUCUUGACGAUGCCCUACCACUGCGUGGCCUACGGAUGUGGCAAAACUGUCGAAGACGGGGUGACUUUGUUUCGGUUCCCAAAGGAUCCGGAUGAGUUCCGCAAGUGGGAGAAGCAGGUUCAGAGGACCCGCGUGAAGUGGGCGGCCACAAGCUUCUCUCACCUCUGCAACGAGCACUUUGGCAAAGAGUACUUUGAGGACAAGGUGCCUUCCGGGACGCUGAAGCUGAGGCCGGGAGCGGCUCCCACGGUGUUCGUCCGGCCACACUGCUCCUCCUGCGGGGGAGUGGGCUGCAGACGGUGCCUGCCAUCCAUCCAGCGCCGCGCCUCCGCAGCAGAAACAACAGAGCGCAAGAGUAAUGGAGAGCACAAAGGAAAGGAGGAUGACGACAAGAGCAUUCGCAAAGAAGAAUGUUUGCCAAAAGUACGGGUGAUCAGGAGGGAAAAAGCAAGGAGUGAUGGACCACUGAUUUGUGAGAUGUGUGGAACGACCGGCAGUUUCAGCACCUUCUUUUCAAAGUCAAAGCGUUUUUGCAGCUUGUCCUGUUCCCGCUCUUAUUCAUCCAACUCCAAGAAGUCGUCCAUACUGGCACGUCUGCAGGGGCGACCACCCUCAAAAAAAGCUACAGUUUUGAACAGAAUGAACAAAACCUCUGCUACUGCAGGAGUAGAAGCACAUUCAGUGUUCGACUGGGGCUCCUACCUGACGACUGAAGCAGCGCUGGCUGCUCCCGUCUCCAGCUUCGCUCAUGCUCCACUCAGCUCUGACUGGGACGAUGUGGUCGUCGGGAUGAAGGUGGAGGUCCUCAACACCAACGCUGUCUUGUCCAAUAAAGUCUACUGGAUUGCUACUGUUCUUCAGGUCGCAGGAUACAAAGCUCUGCUUCGAUACGAAGGCUACGAACACGACAGCAGCCACGACUUCUGGUGCAGCAUCGUGUCGGGGGAGCUGAACCCGAUCGGAUGGUGCUCCAUGACCAGCAAGCUGCUGGUGCCGCCACGGGAUGCGAAGAACAUCUCCGACUGGAAAUUGUACCUGAUGAAGAAGCUGGUGGGCUCCACCACUCUGCCCGUCGACUUCUACAUGAAGCUGGCGGAGAGCAUGAAGCCCCCGUUCAGGGCCGGCACACGCAUGGAGGUGGUGGACCCCAAACACGUGAGCCGCACCCGCCUGGCGGUCGUCGACGCCGUCGUCGGCGGCCGUCUCCGGCUGGUGUACGCGGACCAGAGCGACGUCCCCGACAAUGUGGUCUUCGACUUCUGGUGCCACAUGUGGAGUCCUCUUGUCCACCCGCUGGGCUGGUCCAAGUCCGUGGGUCACACCAUUAAAGCAUAUGGAAGCAAUAUGGAUGCUUCAAGCAACCCAAAGGGAAACGGUGACAAUAUCUUCCAAAGCCUCUGUAAAAAGCCCAGGUUCGUCUACAUGGGGGAGGGAUUCUUUGAGGAGGGAAUGAAGCUGGAAGCGAUUGAUCCUCUAAAUCUGGGAAACAUCUGUGUGGCCACUGUUCACAAGGUGCUGCUGGACGGUUACCUCAUGGUGGGCAUCGACGGGACGGAGCAGAACAACGGCGCCGACUGGUUCUGCUACCAUGCCUCCUCCCACGCCAUACUGCCCAUCAACUUCUGUAAAAGGAACGACAUCACCCUCACCGUGCCCCGAGGUUCUGAUCCUCAGACUUUCACCUGGGACAAAUAUCUGCAGGAGACUAAAGCAACGGCUGCACCAGCGCGACUGUUUAACACUGACAACCCGGGUCACGGUUUCUCCCCCAACAUGAAGCUGGAGGCCGCGGACCUGAUGGAGCCGCGGCUGGUGUGCGUCGCCACGGUGAAGCGCUGCGUGGGCCGCCUUCUGCUGAUCCACUUCGACGGCUGGGAGGACGAGUUCGACCAGUGGGUGGACCACCAGUCCCCGGACAUCUACCCGGUCGGAUGGUGCGAGCUGGUGGGCUUCCAGCUGCAGCCGCCUCCAGGACUGGCACAUUUGACUGAAAACCAUUUGGCGCAGUACAAGAAGCCCAAACCCAUCGUACACGGCAGAAAGAGAAGGAGGUACGGGAGGAAGCGGACGAUCCAGGAACAAACGAGCGGCGCCUCUAGCGAGCUGCCAGAAAGUUCCCAGAGUAGCCAGCCGGAGAUCCCAGCCAUCAAAACGGAGGCAGAGGAACAAGAGAUCGUCCCGGUCCAGGUGAAAGCGGAGGAGAUGGAGACUCCUAUUGAGAGUCCUCACAAGACUCAGGAGGCGUCUCUGAGACCCAUAAAGCAGGAGAAGACGGAGCAGCAGACGGAGUCGACGCAACCCAGGCGAGAGGAGGUCGGAUCUCCAAAGGAAAACUUCAGAGGAAUUACUGUUCAGAGUGAAAACAAAAGCAAAGAUCAAGAAGGCUUGGAGGCCGGGAGUCGAGAAAACGACAGCAGCCAGGAUGAGACGUGGGAGAGCAACACUGAGCAGGACCGGGCUGGAGAAACAGAAGACAUAGAUGUAUGAGAGGGAGAGAUUUUAACGGACAAUGAAACCCUCGCAAGUUUAGAACAAAAUAUAGUUUUGACAAAUAUGUAAAUGUCAAUCAUAGCAUGUAGAGUUUAGGAACUACCUCACUUUACAGACCAUGUUAAAAGCAUGAUGGAUAACUUUGGCUGUAAUGACAAAGUUUUUUAUUUUCUUCUGGUUUCCGUUGUCUUCUGCAGAUCACUUUUGUCUAAAGUCUGUAAAUAAACCAGCUGAUUCGCUCUCGUCCUUUGUGAAAGUUA